AUGGCUUUGGUAGUCUCGUCUCAGUCGGGGUCGACACGGUCGGCGGAUCCCACGUUAGCGCUAAGGGAGGCUGUGACGGAAUUUGAGGCUAUUCUGACAGACGACCAAAUGCGGCUAUACAGAUCCAACAACAAGAUUCCAGAUACGACAGACCCCAUAGUAUUCGUUGCCGCAAUCGAUAGCAAUAACGAGAAGAGGGCAGGAAAGACAGGACAGGCUGUAGCACCGAGGCUAACGACGCUUUUGGAAGCCACGCAGCAAUUCAGUAGUGUUGUUGGCAUAUUCGUUAACUCUAACCCUCUGAUCGCCGUUUCGGUCUGGAGUGGCCGCCAGCUUGGCUGCGAGCAAUAA